AUGGUUCCAGGAGAUAUGCCGCAAACUGCAUUGGCUUAUAAGAGCACUCCCAUUUCCAGAGAUCCGUGGAACACAGGCCACAGUGCAUUGGUUGACCCAUAUGGCAAUGAUGGCUUCGGAAAUGGAUUCUAUUCCCCUCCCAGCAUCAUGAACCCUAGUCAUUCUUAUGCUCAGAACGGAAAUAUUCCCAGAAGCGGAGGCGGCUACAACACGCGGGCUGAUACAUUUUCCUCUCCUUCGUCAGGUUAUGCGUUGCGAACUCCGGCUACCGCCUCUUCAUCCAUGGCGCCUGCAUUCAACGGUUACAAGAGCCCAGGCAAGACGACAGGCUGGGACAAUCAUGGGCGCUAUUCCCCCACGGGCUCCCUCGAGGAGAUGGUUGCUUCUCCCAGCUUGUCUGAUUAUUCCGUCGAGAACGUCAUGGGAGUGACUAGCCCACAGCAGAAGCCGCGCCAUAGUGGCAAGCGCGGCUCUCAGCGGCGACCGUCGAAUCGAGAUGAGUUUGACGGUCCCCAUCAGUUCUUGCAACGUCCUCCACAAGAGGUUAUUGAUAUGCAGGAGAGGGAGUUACCGCACCUCCCGACUAAUCUUCACGUUCAAGAGCAGGACACCGUGCUGAACCAGGUCAACGAUCGGCUCUCACAGUGUGCCUUUGACUUCGUGGCCAAGUAUCAGUUCCCUAUUCCCCUGACACAGGACAUGCGACCGGUCGAAAGACCACAGGAUCGUGAAUGGACUGAAUGGGUGUACCUGCUCAAAAGAUUGGCAACUAAGCGACGCAUCCCUGCAAGAGUCUUGUACAAUGGUCAGAUCAAACAAUUCGUGACCAUUCUAGAAAACUCACUGGAGAUGCGCCACGCUGCCAAACACCAAAGCCGUCCUCUGAAAGACGACCGGAACAUACUGCAGCUCAUCUCUGCAGGCAUUCAAGUCGCCAAAAUCUUGAAGGACGCGUCGGCCAUGGACUACCUGGACCACUUAUACGUUGAAACAGAAUCUCGGAUUCAGGAACGCACCAAAUCGCGAUUCCGAUCCUAA